UAUGGCAACGGCAGGUUUGACAGGUUUGGCUUUGCUGAUGAUGUUGGUAGCCUACUCUACUCGCACUGCCGCCGCCCGCCGGUGCCAUUCUUGUUGCCCUCCUCUGGCGGUCUAAUAGUCGAUAUUCACACGGCGUUUCCAAGAUUCCGAUCGUGCUGUCCGAUUAUGGUGUGCUCAAGAGUCCAAAGCAUCGUCACAAGGCCGGCAGCGGCAGCCGGCUUCGGGUGGGAGGAAAGGCCAAGGGGUCAGAAAAGGACAGGCAUGCUCAUACGUGCAAGGCAGGCAGGCAGGCAGGCACCUGCGUGGAUGGGUCAGAAUCUGAUUCUUCUCGUCGAGGAGAGGAUGCUUGAUGGUUGCCUCGACGAAAGCUAGGACCACCUCCAUCGCCGGCGAGGCCAGGUCGAUCGCCGCCGCCGCCAUCGGCCGUGGUUGAGCAGCUGGGAGAUUGAUGAGCGGCAAGUUCUACUGCAUGACGGUGAGGAUGAACAUCGACUGCAACGGGUGCUACCAGAGGAUCAGGAGGGCGCUCCUCCACAUGCAAGAACUGGAGAGCCACCUGAUCGACCGGAAGCGGCACCGGGUGAGCGUCUGCGGCGCCUUCGUGCCGCAGGACGUGGCCAUCAAGCUGCGCAAGAGGACCAACCGCCGUGUGGAGAUACUGGAGAUCAAGGAGGUCGAUGCCGGAGGCGGCGGAGGAGACCAGCCGCCGGAGGGCGGCGGCGGCCAGCAGCGCUGAAGGAGAGUGGCCGCAGCCCGCCAGGGCAGGCAGGACACGCACAGCCUCCCUAGACCGGGACCGUCUGCGUCCGGGACUCCGGACCGGCGUGGCGUUGCCCGCUUGCUUUUAGGUCCCACGUCACCGUGGCUCAUGCCGGGUUGCUGGUGCCGUCCCGGUAAUCUAGCGCCAGUGGCAGUGGUCUCUAGGCUUUACUGCUCCUUGUAGACUUGUAGUUGGAAGUUGGAACGCUGUAUUUAUCUAAAAAAAAGAAGUUGGAACGCUGUAAGCACACACAGUCAGCUAAAGAUGAAGCGAAAUGGCAUGUCAUAGGCGCACUGUUCGAAGCACUGAA